GCCAGGGAGACGGCUGGAGUAGUGGCCGCCCGGCAGGCAGGCGCGGGCCCUAGCGGCGGAGCUGCAGAGAUUUUUGCUGUGAGAACUGACGGUAGCCUUCCAGCAUGGGGGAUAUCCUGGCUCACGAAUCCGAGUUGCUUGGACUAGUGAAAGAGUACUUAGAUUUCGCUGAAUUUGAAGAGACCUCGAAAACAUUUUCAAAAGAAUGCAAAAUAAAGGGGAAACCUUUAUGUAAAACAGCAGGUGGCUCUUUGCGGGACUCCAGGUCGCUGGUAAUCCAGAAGGACCUCCUCGCGGCGUUUGACAGCGGGGACCAGAAGGCGUUCUUCGGCCUGUGGGAGGAGCACCUCCCCAGCUCCCUCCGAGACGGCGACGCCCUCGCCCGGAAGCUGGAGUUCUACCUUCACAUCCACUUUGCCAUCUACCUGCUGAAACGCUCCGCGGGGAGGCCGGACAAAGGGGAGCUGGACGAAAGGAUUUCUUAUUUCAAGACCUACCUGGAGACCCGAGGGGCGGCGCUGAGCCAGACCACCGAGUUCCUCCCGUUCUAUGCCCUGCCUUUUGUCCCCAACCCAGCGGUGCACCCCUCGUUCAAGGAGCUCUUCCAGGACUCCUGGACUCCAGAAUUGAAGCUGAAGUUGGAAAAGUUUCUGGCUUUCAUUUUUAAAGCCGGCAACACGCCGAAGCUUUUAGCCUUAUAUAGGGAGAAUGGACAAAGUCACAAAGAAAUGCUGCAGCACCUCCACCAGCAGCUGGUGGAGGCCGAGCGCAGGUCCAUGACGUACCUGAAGCGGUACAACAAGAUCCAGGCGGACUACCACAACCUCAUUGGCGUCACGGCCGAGCUGGUAGACUCUCUGGAGGCCACGGUCAGCGGCAAGAUGAUCACUCCCGAGUACCUGCAGAGCAUCUGCGUCCGCCUCUUCAGUAACCAGAUGCGGCAGAGCCUGGCGCACAGCGUGGACUUCACGAGGCCCGGGACGGCGUCGACCAUGCUGAGAGCCUCCCUGGCACCCACGAAACCGAAGGAUGUCCCGUUACUGCCCUCCUUGGACUACGAGAAGCUGAAGAAGGAUUUGAUCUGGGGGAGCGACCGCCUGAAGGCUUUCCUGCUGCAGGCCCUGCGCUGGCGCUUGACCACGUCCCAUCCGGGAGAGCAGAGGGACACCGUGCUGCAGGCCUACAUCAGCAGCGACCUCCUGGACUGCCACAGCCACAGCCAGAGGACCGUGCUGCAGCUGCUGCAGGGCCGGAGCGACGUGGUGCGCCAGUACACGGCCCGGCUGGUCAACGCCAUCGCGUCCCUGGCGGAAGGCCGCCUCUACCUGGCCCAGAACACCAGGGUGCUGCGGAUGCUGGAGGAGAGGCUGAAGGAGGAGGACCAGGACGUCAUCACGCGGGAGAACGUUCUCGGCGCCCUGCAGAAGUUCAGCCUCAGGCGCCCGCUGCAGACAGCCAUGAUUCGGGAUGGCCUCAUCUUCUGGCUGAUCGACACCCUGAAGGACCCCGACGGCCUGUCCGACUACACGCUGGAGUACUCGGUGGCUCUGCUCAUGAACCUCUGCCUGCGGAGCGCAGGGAAGAACAUGUGUGCCAAGGUGGCAGGCCUUGUGCUGAGAGUUCUCUCGGAUCUGCUGGGCCACGAGAACCACGAGAUACAGCCGUACGUGAACGGCGCCCUGUACAGCAUCCUCUCCAUCCCAUCCAUCCGCGAGGAAGCGCGAGCCAUGGGCAUGGAAGACAUCCUUCGCUGCUUCAUCAAAGAAGGCAACGCGGAAAUGAUUCGCCAGAUCGAGUUCAUCAUCAAGCAGCUCAAUUCAGAAGAGCUCCCGGAUGGCAUUCUGGAAUCGGAUGAUGAUGAAGACGAAGAUGAUGAAGAGGACCGCGACACCAUGGAGGCCGAUCUGGACAAGGACGAGCUGAUCCAGCCCCAGCUCGGAGAGCUCUCGGGCGAGAAGCUCCUGACCACGGAGUACCUGGGCAUCCUGACCAACACGGGGAAGACGAGGCGCAGGGGGGCGCCUGGUGCACAGUGGGGCGGCGACGAGCCCCUGCGCCGGCCCGUCACGCCCGGCGGCCACCGGAGCGGGUGCCCCGCGCCGGAAGACCAUCCCGUUUCCCCCCAGCCAUCCCGACACGCCAGGAACAGCUGCCUCCUGUCCCCGCCGAGGGCCCACCGUCCAGCCUGCAGGUGGGGGCAGCCGGGUGCUGCGGAGCCCCAAGUGUCGACUUCACUCUCCAGGGAUGCCAAGCCGCGGGAGUGGUCGCCAGGACAUCGGGGAGAGCCUCGCCCGCCGCCCUCGGCGGCCCCCGCCCAGCCGAGGGGGAUGCCCUGGGCCCCGGGCAGCGGAGGAACCACCAGGGAAUUCUCAUCAGCCCUGACCUGCAGGCCCCGGACCCCCCGCACACCGGAGAUCCUGGACCUGAACCCACCCAAGGCCAAGACCUCGGCUCUGGCCCCUCAGUUCUCCUCGUGUGGCCCCCAGCAGGCCAGCCGCCCUGGCUCCACGACGUCCUCCGUGAGGGGCCUGCAGAGCAGUCACUCUCAGAGGAAGUGAGAAGGGUUUCUUCCCCGGCGCCACCGUCCCUCUGCAGGAGGACCAGCCAGCUUCCCGUUCUUGGCCGGCCAGCAGCUGCAGGUGACAGAUGUGAAGUGACAGUUGUCUGUGAGCCCCGGGGGAACCGAGGAGAGGACAG